AUGGCUCUUUCCACUAACACUCCGGAACCACCAGGGGUCAAAAACCCCUCCACCACUGGCUCAUCUCCACCAUUGCCAACCUCAUUCACACCACUCUCACUCUCUUCGACACCUCUUUACUCGCAAGUAGCUACUCAGAACGCACUUCCACUUCUCGAAAAGCAAUCUCAUGUUAUCUUCAGCUCUACAAAUAAUGCGACCCCACGUACCUGGUGUGUAGGGUCCUCUAAGUUUUCAGUUUUUUUCACCGUCCCACCCAAAUCCUCACCCAAGUUUGACCCUUUCUGGAGAGCUCUUCUCUCAGCCUAUCCUCGCGAGGUUAACAUGGGCAUCACUCUUGGCUCACGCUCUUCCCCUGAUACAUGUGAACUCCAUCUACCUACCAGUGCUGACUGCGAGCGAGCAUGCUCUCAACCUUUGGUAGUAGGCGAUUCGUCUUUCCCCGCUCAACCUGCUGUUCCCAUUGGCACAAUUGUUCGCCGUGUUUUCCUAACCAAGCUUCCUUGUGUUCCUUAUCAUGACCUGGCUACACAACUCGCCAAAUGUAUGUCUCCUUUUGGCAAAGUGCGGGAGAUCGCCAUUCAUGAAUCAUAUGGGUUUUUUGACAGUUCUGGCUAUGUUGUCCUUGCCAAUACACCUACUGACGAUGUGCCAUCAGAUUCUCUGACGUACCAAAUUGCAUAUGACGAUAUGCAAAAGAUUCUUGCCAAUUGUCCAUACAUUACUGAUCCUUCCAAGACAUCCAAGACGUCCAACAAGCGCUCCCGCCACCCCAACUGCAAUUCAAAGCUCGAUUGCCCCAUCAUUGUGCCCAAGCCUUUGAUUCCCACUGAGCUCUCACUCAUCUAUGGAGGAUCGGAGGCCUCCAAGCACAACCCUCGUCAACCUGCUUUACGUGAGUUGUCUAAGCUGUCUCCCACAAAGACCACCUUUACUCUACUGACACCAACUGAGACGCCCACGUCCUCCGGCCCUUGUCCUCGAAGCCAUUCUGUCGACACCCCCACGCGUGGCUGGGACAAAGAGAUAGACAACAGAAUGAUAACUAAUCUCAUGGAUAGAUAUGAGACUCAGGCUCUCCGACUCCAGGGUCUACCCAAAGUUGGACACCCUGAAUCACGCUCCUUUUUCAUACACCAUUUACACUCGCAGGGAAUCGAUAUUUUAGCCCUGCAAGAAACCCAUGCCUCAUCAUCUAUGCUUCAAUCUACCUUUGACCAACAAUUUCGGUCCUCUUCAUCAUUAUGGUCUCCACACUGCGAUGUUGUAUGCCUUUCCCCUCACAUUAUCUUCACUGACCCUCUAUUUAGCCCAUGUGACAGGUGUAUCACGACAACUAUCACGCAUGUGGAUAAUAAUUUUUCGCCCUUCAGGAUAGGCGUCAUCUAUGCGCCUGCUUUCCAAACUCCACGUUAUUGUUUUCUUGCCUCUUUACUGUCCACUCCUGACCUCAUCCCUCCCAAUCCUUCAAACUUUAUUCUAUUGGGCGAUUUUAACCAUGCAAUUCACUCACACUAUGCUCUUGGACGUCGUGCUCCAGCUGACUGGCUACAGUUUAUAGAUACCAAUAUGACUGACUGUAUCACUCCUCAUGGCCAGCACCCGCAGCCUACGUUCCACCAAGCCCUGUCUUCCACCACCAUUGACUACAUCCUUGCGUUCUCAGAUCUUCACCCUCGCACUACAGACCCACAAGUGAGCUAUAUUCACCAGAAAUGGUCUGAUCAUUGUCUGGUUGCAGUCAGUCUGUCCCUCCCUUCAACCAAGUCUUCUGGUAAGGGACUUUGGAAUGCUAACUCUCACCUAGCACAAUCACUUUCGUUCCGUACCGAUCUCAACACUCUUCUCUCCACCCUCGUUCCUGCCCUUCGUGCUGAUCUUUUUCCUCAAGCCCAAUGGGAUGCGAUUAAGCUCGAAGGUGGCCUUGGUAUCUUGGAUCCUGGUAUACAGCAAUGUGCUCUCCAACUUCGCUGGCUGAAGCCCCUUAUUCGUAAUCCUCUACUGCCUCACAGUCUUGUUCCCCAAUGGUUCUCCACUCUUCUUCACUCUGACGUCCCUACCAUUGAUCCUCUUCUUCCCUUACUCUUUCCAGACUGUCAUCCUUGCAACCAUCACACCCUUGAUUCCCUGCUGCACCUGGUUCUGAAGGCUACGGAUACUCUUCCCCGAAACUUUGACAGAGUGGUGCUCAACCUUUCCAGUUGUCUCAUCCUGCCAUUGUCUUCUAUGAUAUCCAGUAUGCCCUCUCACCCUCUGUAUCGACCUGCUUGGCGUGAUUUGCGAGUCCACCAUCUAUACCAAAUCGAGUUCAAUUUGGAUAUACUCACACCCAUCACUCCCUCUCGUCCUCUACUCCAUUCUGUCACACUUAACCGCAUCCUCAACAGAAUUCGCGAUCAUACAAUGCCAGAUCUUCCUAUUUGCGAUGGGUCGUCCAUUGACCUCCAGCCACUUCUGUCAGCCCAACUUCCCGGUCAGACCUGGUCCCAGCUCACCAUGCGCUCUUACCGUUCUGCCUGCUCCCAUCAACUGUCUAAUGCUCAUUGUUGUAAAUGUGUAUUGACUACUGCUGUAAUUGAGAAUAAGUCUGAAGGAAAUAAUAUAAGGCCUCAGCUAUUCCAGUCAAAGGUGUCUACCAAUUACUUUAUUAUUUAA